AUGGAGUGGAUGCUAAUAUCGAAUAACAACAUCGUCACAGACGCCCAACAAGAAGAGUGGAGAAAAGACCAGAAACGGCAAAAAAUCUUAACCUCGAGGAUUUCUACAGAAAGGAAUUCGUCCAAAUUCUCGACGUACAAACACAAGCCCUUACCGACAACGUUGAAACGACAUGUGAUAUUCUUGCCCCAGCAAUUAACCGGCUUCUUCCUUCAUCGGACAAUGGUCAAAGAAGAAGACGUUGACUCUCUUGUAAAGAUGCUUCCACGUUCAUUACAACCUAACAACGACGUGUUAUGCGCUGAACUGACGUUGUUUAGAAAUCAUUGUCGAAAGAACAAGCUGGAUAUUUGA